AUGUUCAUGUUGUUCUGGAUGGAAGUGAUCAACUCAGAUAUGAUCGGUCGGGCACAUAAGCGUACGCAAUGCCCAACCCAAGGUUUCCGUGGCUGUCGUGCGGAUGGACGAGAUCGUAGCGCUUUCGUCUCGAUGCUUUCGAAUCCUUUACGCAUGCCGCUGGAUGAUCCGUACUAUGGUGAGUCCGGUAUUAGCUGUCUUAAUUUUAGUCCACAAGAAAAAGCAAACGAUCGGUGUGAAAUCAAACAUGUGGCCGAGCGUAACAUGGAGAGCAGCUAUUUGGAUCUAUCCAGCCUGUACGGUGAGACUCCUAACUAUGAUGAAAAAGGAAAGAUGCCACUGUACCACUGUGGAGCAUCGGAACCGGUCAUUAGAACGGCACCAACCACCGUACAGAAUACUGCCAUUAUCGGUCUAUUCGGAAAGCUGCAUAACUACUGUGUGGAUCGCAUACGAUCCUGUCCACAGUCCAAGGGUUCGGUACAGGAACGAUGCAGAGCGCUUACGAUUGGUGUUUAUCAGAAGAUCAUUUAUGGACAGCUGUUGCCGCUUCUGUUUGGAGAUGAACUGUACAAUCUGUGUGGAUUAGAUUGUGAGUAUAAUCCAUACGCGGAGAGUACGGUUUCGCAGACGUACAAGAAUGGGCCCGGGAGAUAUCCUCACAUAUGGAUUACGGAUGAGGUAAUGUACAAACAUAAAGGCAAGACAGAAUGGCGACCGUUUAACGAGUACUUCCGUAACCAUGAGUCGUUUGACUGUACAGCAACACUAGCAGGAGCGCUAGAAACGCCUAUCAAGACUGAUCGAAUGGUUGAUGCGACUGUACACAAAUUCUAUACCGUUGAUGGUGAACGGGGUAGCUGUCUGCCUUGUCUCGAUCUGGCACGUAAUCGUGAUUCGGGUCUGUGUCCGUUGGUGACUUACAAGCACUUUAUCGAACAGAUUGUAGGAGAGGAAAGCAAAUGCUACAAUACUUUCGAAGAUCUCAGCGACAUGUUUAGUCCGGAGUUGAUCAAGUUCUUUGCACAGCACUAUGAAUAUCCCGGAGACAUUGAUGUGCUGUUUGCAAGUAUGGAUCAGAGAGCUUACGCUGGCGCAAACAUGCCAAAACUAGUGUCACAAUCAAUUUGUCUUGAGUUCAAGCGGCUAAAAUGUACGGAUCGAUUUUUCUACUCGUGGAACCCUAAUUUGGGAGAAGGUAAGUGA